AUGGUCCCGAGGACCAUCUUAUCCGCCUUUGCGCGGCCCGCGGCAAAAAGUUCAUGGGCCUGUCGGCAAUGCCUGCGCGUUGAGCAAUAUGGCCGACCGACCUUCUCCACCAGCGCCCGACGCCUCGAGAGCGCAGCAAACCGACCAAGCUUUCCAUCACCAGCUACUCCGAAAAAGCGCCAGGGAGUGAAAGCGCUUGCGGCAUUGGUCCUCGUCACGGGCGUUGGCGCGCUGGUCUUCAGGGAUGAAGUCCGGCAUGUAGUCAUUGGCGCAGAACGAUGCGGAAGAGUAGCCAUCACUGUGGGCUUGAACAUUCGCGACUAUACCAAAACACUUAAAGGAGAGGAUUGGGAUGACGAGGAGUUCCAGAGGCAGAUGGCGGCCUGCCACAAACGCUGUGCUGAGCGUGCUCUGCGAACAAUGGAGAAGAAUGGUAGCAUUUUCAUCAAACUUGGACAGCACUUGUCGUCUCUCCACUACCUUCUCCCAGAAGAAUGGUGCACCACAUUCAUCCCCCUCCAGGACAGAGCACCAGUGUCUAGUUACAAGAGCGUGGAGCAGAUGGUUCAUGAGGAUACGGGCAAGAGCAUUGACGAGCUGUUCACUGAGUUCGACCCAAAGCCCAUCGGCGCCGCAAGUUUGGCCCAAGUACACGUUGCACGAUUGCGGGAUACUGGAGAGCAGGUUGCCGUGAAGGUGCAACAUCCUUCGCUGGAUGAGUGGGCGCGGCUGGACAUGUGGUUGACAUCAUUCACUUUCAAAAUCGUGAAGUACUACUUUCCUGAAUAUGACCUGUUGUGGCUAGGAGAAGAGAUGGAAGCAUCAUUGCCCAAAGAGAUGGACUUCCGAGAAGAAGCAAAGAAUGCCAACCGGACGCGCGAAUAUUUCAAAAGGUUUCCACACACACCACUUGUCGUCCCUGAAGUCCGAUGGGCUGAUAGACGAAUCUUGGUCAUGGAAUACAUCCCCGGCCAUCGCACCGACGACCUCGAGUUCUUGGACUCCAACGGCAUCUCACGAGAUGAAGUUUCUGCUUCCCUUGCACGCAUUUUCAACGAGAUGAUUUUUGGCGAUGAGGCAGCUUUACAUUGUGACCCGCACGGAGGAAACAUCGCCGUACGACUCAAUCCCAACAAGCGUCAACCUCGCAACUUCGACAUUGUUCUUUAUGACCACGGCCUCUACCGUGAUAUCCCGAGGCAGCUGCGCCGCGCAUAUGCACACAUGUGGCUGGCUGUGCUCGAUACCGACAUUCCGCGCAUGCGAAAAUAUGCAUGGGAAAUCGCAGGCAUUGGUGACGAAGAUUUCCCGAUCUUCGCGUCAGCAGUCACCGGAAGAGACUACAACAUUGUCACCACAUCGCUUGUACAGGAGCGAAACGCCGACGAGAAGCGAAGCAUGACUGCCGCCAUUGGAGACGAUCUUGUUGAGAAGCUUGUGGGGCUGCUGAGCCGGGUGCCACGCGUGAUCCUUCUCAUUCUCAAAACUAACGAUCUCACUAGAAGUCUUGAUGAAGGUCUUCAAACCAAGCAGGGCCCUGUCCGGUCAUUCAUGAUUCUGGCUCGCCAUGCGGCGCAUUGUGUCUACGAAGAGACCCUGGAGAACAUCAAAGGCAGCUGGUUGUGGCCGCGAAAUCUGUACCAUGUCACCAUGGCCACAUUUGCAUACGCUCAGGUCGCUGUUAAGCUGACCAUGUUCGAAACUUAUAUCAGUGCAAGAAGACGCAUUGGUGUAUAA